AUACACGGCCACCAAUCCUGUUGGCUUGUACUUUGAUGCCGUGAAUUUGACAUUUCAUGUGAAGUGCAAGCUAGAUGCUUAAAAUAUAAAUAAAGUGAUAAUAACAGAAGAACGUGUCCGUUUCCAUAAUCUACAAAGAAUAGUUACCGAGGUUUAAUAAAAGAUUAUUCUUACGAUGGGUGGUAGCGAAAGUACAGGCAGGAAGGUCUCUUUUGGUUUGGACGAGGAUGACAGGGUCAGGGUACUGCAUGGAAUCAAGCUGUCUGAAGAUGUUGUGAAACGCAUGAAAGAAACUUCAGGGCAGUCAACGCCUUCGGUUUCAGAUCAUGGGUCCUCUCACAGAGGAGCUGGUAGCUCCCCUAGCUCCACAGGUCCUAAACCUCCAUCUGAAGAGAGCUCAGGGAAAAAGUCUACAGAAAGAGAGGAGGAACUGUACAAAAGGUACGAACGAGAACAGGCUCUGGUUCAAGAAGAGCUGGCCAGGAUUGCAAAGAGGGAGCGGAUGGCAGGGCAAGAAAGUCUGGCUCUGGCUGUUACGCGGGAAAGAGCCCAGGCCAGCGAGGAGAAGCAGAAAACCAAAGUGAUGCCUGCAGAUUUGGAUGCUUGGGCGAAACAGCUGGAGAGGAAAGAAGCUGAGCUGAAACGGCUGGACGCCUUUUAUAAAGAGCAGCUGGCACACCUGGAGAAGAAGAACAUUGAGUACUACAAGCUGACGUCUGAACAAUUCCGCGAAGCAGCAACGCAGGCAGAAGCCCAUGUGAAAAAGAGGAACGUGGAGCCCGUGUGUUCCAACCUGCAGUCGGAGAUUCUGCGAUGCUACAGAGAGCAUCAGCAUGAGACCUUGAACUGCUCCGACCUGGCUAGAGAGUACAAGCAGUGCAUCAAUGCAGCCAAAAAGAACCUGAUGGUGAAUCACGGAUGAAAACCUCCAGGAAUUGAGAGUCAAACCUGGGGUCCAUACAUCGGGAGCAACUUUAACCUGACUGGAAACCAUCUACAAUGAUUAUACCAAUUUGUAUUGCAAGAAGGAGUAGAUGGUUGUUUAUAGCAUGAGGACAACUGCCUUUUUAAAAAAAAUCAUUAUCUCAUUAUAUACUUUAGCUUUAUUAAUUUAACUAUGCCCUUUGGGGUCAAAAUAAUCCCUCCAUAUUUAAAUAUAGUCAAUUCAGAACCGAUCAGUAAAUACCAGGGUACCUUUUUGGUUCAUAAUUUACUCAAUUACAAAAACAAUUGUGCAGCAGGUAUGAAAACAGUAAAAGUAACGUCUGCUAUCAAUUCCAGGUGAGUCACGUUUAUUUUAACUACUGGCCUUCAAAUACUCAAUGACAUUAAAAAGUAAGAAGAUUCAAAUGUCAGUUCCCUUACCAUUCCAUAGAGUUUGCAUUCAUUCUGAGUGGUGCUGGGUUCAAUAUUGAAUGAUAGCAAAACACAUAAUAUAGUAAGGCAAAUGUUAAAAAAAGCAAUACAAAUGACAUUACAUACAACUUACUCUUUAACAUUUAGGGUACCGUAGUCAUACCAACAUAGUUGUGAAGCAUAUUUAGUUUGUCUAGUUCUAAAUGAUUCAUCAAAUAAUUGAGCCAAAGGACUAAAGCUUCCCAGUUCCAGCUAACAGCUAAAAGUAUCUAUAAAAAACAUGGUGCCUGACCUGAAUGUGGAUAUACUGUCAUACAAUAAAGACAUUGUUUGCUGCACUGUAACAUAUAAAAUAUACUUGAAGUGUUAUGUUGUUUGAUUGAUUGUUAUUAAAAUUAAAAAUAUGCAUAGAUAGUAGUGAAAAUCUGACUAACAUUCCCUUUACAAGAAGAACUGACAUUUACUAUUUAAAAGUAAGUAAAUGCAAUGGCCAUUACAGAAUCUGUAUAUUAAAACCAUUAUAAUUAUAGAAACAAUAUGUGUUUUAGCCAUAAUAUUCAGAUGUCUUGCCCAGUCCUAUGGUUAAUACAGUGUACUGUAUGUGUGGAGUGAGUGUUGUGUUGAUUCAUGUUAGACAAAUAGAUUCCCUAUUUGAUCACCUACUAACCUCUCAGGAUUGCUGACUUUGUGGAAAUAUAAAGAAUUCUUGAACACACUUUCAAAAGCCAUUGAGUUUUCUCCAUGGCCGUGUCGAGUAUCAUUCACUGUAUAUUUACGAAGGACAAACAGUUUACUGUGCACUUUGGCUAUAUAAUAUCCCACUGAGUCUAAAGAGGUAUUGCUGACUGCAGACAACUCCACUAUGAGUAACUCGCCAAGUUUCAACAUGAGCUUUUAAGCAACAUGUUAAACCUAAUUUCACCACAUACAUUAUCUGGAGCCAGGUAAUCUCUGAAGAAUAUUCCUUUGCAGUUAAUUUAACAUAGUAGCAAAGGUGAGACACAGCAUAUUCUAAGAACAAGUAAUUGUGUGCUAUACAAACUGCCUGGCUACUUUAUUAGGACCUUUCUACCCAAUUGGAUUUGCUAUCGCCCUGGUGUGGGAUGUUCUCCAGAUACGAAACUUAAACCAACUUGGAAGUAAAUAUUGGCCCAACUUAAUACUGGGUUUCAAAUAUGGUUCUAGAUCAGUUCAUCACUAGCUAAAUGAAAAAGCUUGUUUAAGACUGUAACCUUGCUGUUAGAUUCUACAAACAGCUUGCACACCAGGGUGUAUAAUUAUUGUACUUUCCUUUGGGUCGUUCAGAAUCAGGGCAAGGUUUGUAAAAAUCACACCACACAAAUUAGAAUGGGACCCCCACAUUGUAAAUUGCGAGGCUGCUUAUUUACCACCGACAAGGGUAUAAGCUGUCUGUCACUUUGAUGGGCACAUCACUGGGUUGAUAUUCCACUGAUUUCUCUUAUGUGGAGUCCUGAUUAUUAACCAUUGUUAAGCUUCAGGUCCGUUGCACAGUCCAUCAAAAUGUUGAAUUCCGAUCUUGCACUGUAUGCCAUGUGCAAUGGAUUAUAGUAUAUUACUGUAUGUUUGUGUAUGCAUACGCUAGUCAAACAAAACAGAUUUCAUUUGCAAGAGUGAAAAGAAAAUGAAAAAGCACACAUUUAAUAUACAGGUUGGAUUUUCCACUUUCCCUUAUUAAGAAAAAAAAAACACGUUGAAUUAGCGCUGUCCUACUCUAUAUCUGACAGUGGCAUCACAGGUGUUGCAAUUGUUUUGUAGAAUGGACUACUGAUACUGAGGAUUAGACAGACUGAUUAAUAUAAGGAAUGGGCAGAAUAUUUGAAUUUCACAUUCCUAUUAAGGGACACAUUUCUAACAAUAGAACCAUUAUAGUUUUUUGGCCACCAUACUCACAUUGUUUGACCAAAUGAACAAAUUACUUAACAAAUUAAUAAAAUAGUUUUUCCAGACCAUCAAUAAGCAAACACAAAAGACAAAGAAGACAGGCCCGCCCAAUACAAGUGCCAUUUUAGUCUAAACAGAGAGGGGACAAAACUGGAAAAAUAAUAGUGGUUACAGGGAACGUGUUUGGCUACUGGUUGAUAUGAAAAAAAAAAUCUGUAAAAGUUUAAAUAUUUACAUCAGUUAAUAGCUGACUUCAUGCCACAGAAAAUAAAUAUUUUAUGCUU